AUGGGGUCAAGUCUGACUUGCUCGAGCUACAACAGGGAACGUUCGCACUGGCCCCCGAUUGCGGAAGUGGCCACGCGCUGCGCGGCGCCGGGCUGUCAAUCAAUGGGCGGUUGCCCUGGGAACGGGAGCCGGGGUUGCCAUGGAGCGGGUUCCAUGGUGACGCGGCCUCGGCGGCUGCUCCUCCAGCUGCUCAUGAGGAGCCGGGGGUUGGAGGGCGGCCUUGGCGGCGGUGAGGAGCCGGACUGGGCCCGGGGCAAAGCCGAGGCUCCCGCUCCCGAGGUCCCGGCCCCGUCACCGGGCCUUCUGCCGCCGGGACCUGGGCCUACACUCAGGCCGCAGCCUCGGGGUGGAGUAGGAGAUUGGAAAGAUGCCUUAACAGAGGCUGUAAAGGUUCUCCGCUGUGGUCAGGUGGUGGCAGUUCCUACAGAUACCAUCUAUGGAAUCACCGGCCUUGCACAGAAUUCUGAAGCCAUCCGAAGGAUUUAUGAAAUCAAAGGACGCAAUGAGGAUAAGCCUUUGGCUAUUUGUGUUGGUCAUGUGGAAGAUAUUUAUAAGUACUGUAAGGUCACUGUUUCCGAUCAGGUAUUAAGAGAUCUCCUGCCAGGACCUGUAACGCUAGUCUUCAGGCGGUCAGAGGAACUGAACAAAGAUUUGAAUCCUUUCACUGAUUUGGUGGGAGUACGUAUUCCAAAGCAUCCAUUUAUUCAGAAGCUUGCAGAGGUAUGUGGUGAACCUCUAGCUUUGACAAGUGCCAACCUCAGCUCUCAGACCAGCACACUAACCACAGAGGAAUUUCGGGACCUUUGGCCUUUGUUGGGUCUUGUUGUUGACGGUGGGCCGAUUGGUGACAUGACAAAGCCAGAAUGUCGGUUGGGAUCAACAGUGAUUAACUUGGGAACACCGGGAAAAUACAGCAUCAUCAGGCCUGGCUGUGCGUUUGAUGCCACCGUGGAAGUUCUCCAGCAUAAGCAUGGCUUGUCCUUCCAGUCCUAGAACUAUUGAAAACAAAAUUGGAAGUGUUUUUUUUUAAUACAAGACAAAUUUCUGAAUACAUUUGGACUCCGUGUCACUCUAAAUAUCUGUUCUUAUUGGAAAGUUUGAGUCCAGAGAACUCAUCUGUCCCUAAUCUUAUUGACUGUACUUUGCACACAUUACCCCCUACAUGUUGUACAUGAUGAUUGAUUUUUUUUUAAUGUUUUUCUCCCAUCAUACAACUGAGGGAAGUGAAAUGCUAUUCCAAGAAAAUUCAUGUUAUGACCCGAGAACUUGUACUGUCUAUACUUUUACUCGUUGAAUGCAACUUCAGGAAAUCUUCUGCCAAAUGACGCUGAAGACUGAGCUGUGCUCUGGAAUUUACACUUUUAUUCUUUUACUUGCCUGUCAUGAGCCAUGACUGUCAUUGUUUUGUACAUUACAAUUUGCCUGCAAGUAAAGUCCUAUGCAGGGCAUUUUUUAAAGUUCAUUCUCCUUUCAUGCUGUAUUGUUUCAGAAUUAGUCAUAGAUUGAGGAAAUAUUAAAUAGGAGCUCAGUUUGAACUUUGAUAACGAUAUUGAACUUUGAAUUGUUGGAAAGAGCUUCAAAUGCAUCUUCUACCUAUUCAUUAACCUCUGAUCUUUUGAUUAAAAAUAUAAAUUUAUUGAAGGGCUGGCCACAAGUAUGCCGUCUUUCUCAGAUCCAAACAGAAGGAGAGAUACCUUCCUGCUCUCCACCCUCUGUCUCAUUCUCAUGCCUUGCGUUCUCCCGCUCAUGUGUCCUCUCUCAUGCUGUAGUUAAUGUUUGCCUUUUAACGGAGGGAGGACAUUGAUCCUGUGCCUUCUGUCCUAUUGAUCAUCCAUUGAUCUUGGCCAUCUGCAUUCUCUCCUAACCUUGACACCUUGCUACUGGAAAGAACUUCUGUAACAUUACCCCAUAAAUAGAGGUUGUGGGGAGGCUAGUGCUAAAUAUUGCAACCUCUGCACAUCCUCGUGAAAAUAUGAAAGUAAGGCAUCUGGAAUAAUGAAAAAGAAUAGAGCAAUUAAAAUUGUCUAAAGCUGUUACUUUGAAUCAUGUCUGACAAGUUAACACAUUUCUGAGCAGCAAUGUAGAUUAUAAGUUGAAGAUGAUAUUCAGUGCUGGAUUGAAAACUAAAUAUUUUGAAUUCUUGGAAUUCCACCACAUUUAAUUUCUAAAUAAGUUCAGAUUUAGAGGGCAUUAAUUUCUUUUGGUUACAAGAAAUUCAAAUAAAUAUCAUAAAUUUUUAGAUUUAUAUCAUUAAUUUUACAGUGUAAAAGUCACGGAAACAUUUCAGCACAAAAGGAAACUUUCGCGCAGUCAUAUUCAAUUUGAGCAACAGUUUGUUUCUGUCUGAACUGAGAUAGCUUCAGUUCAAGUUUAACACAAUAUUCAGAAAUAAAGUUUAAUGUGUACCUGAAAA